ACGCAGUUCACGACGGGUGCUCGUUACGCCUCGUCAUAGAUAAAGUUGUUUUGAAUUUUUUUUUAAUUUGGUUUACUUGCGCGUUACUCUUGUGUUGCGCACGUAUUCGAGUUUUAAAUUUAUAUUUACAUGUUUUUAUAUUAUAACAUUAAUUUUAUCAUUAAAAUUAUAUAAAUAUUUCAGUGCUGUGGUUAAAAAUAGGAACGAUUUGAGGUUAUUUAAUUUAUAGUGUUUUUAAAAUAAUUUAUAACUUUUCUGUGCGAUAUUUUGGCGAUUUGUGCCGUAGACGAAAAUAGUUGGUGUUUUUUGGCGGCAAUUUUCUUGGCAUCGUGUAAUAUUUCACAAUCAUCUUCUGUGGAUUGCCAAGAGAUUUGGAAAGAAUGUUCAUUGUACACAGGCGCCGUUGGGCGCUAACCAUAAUAUGAUGCGUACACUGCUGGCAUACUAUGCAGACAUGAUGGCAGCCAGUCGCGGAGCGGGAUGCGCGCGCGACUGCAGCGGACGUGGGGACUGUAUGAACGGGACCUGCCUCUGCGAGAUCCGGUACACGGGAGAUGAAUGCGCGGGACAUAAUCUCCCAUACCAUGCGUGUAUUGGCGGUGUGUUCCUCGCAGUGUCGUUCGUGUGUGCGGUGCAAUUGACGCUAUGCAUCGUUACUGAGUACAGGCGAUUAAAAGCUCCGAACUUCUUAAGAGCUUGCAAAGUGACUACGCAGAAGAUGCUGUAUCUGGUCGCUUUCCUGGCGUCUCUAAUACGCGGCGCGUAUUUUAUAUCUCCUGAAGCAUUCCAAGAGACAUGGGCUACAAGUCUACCAUCUGCCUACUAUCCUCUAGUGCUAUCUGGCUCAUCACUUAUCGUCUGCUUCUGGGCUGAGGUGUUCCACCUCCGCGAUGUGCGAUGGGAGAGACAGCGUUUCCUCUCAAAGUCAUUCCUGGCGUUCGUCACCUUCAAUGUGAUCAUCUAUUCACUCCUCUUCGCUGAAGUUCUCACAAUCAACGUUGCUAAUACUUCUAGUGAGAAGAAGAGUUUCUACCAACACGUGUUCAACGGAUGCUACGCGGUACUUCUCUUCGUAGUCGUUAUUUUUUUCCUGAUCUACGGCGUCGAAGUAUAUUUCAAGCUUCGCGGCGAAUUCUUGCGCGAGACUAAAGUGUGUACAAUCGUAACUACAAGACCUGGUCCCUCUUCAGCCGCUGAUGGUGAUGAUGUACAGGAUACACUGGUCAAGCAGGGCGUCCAAACGGAUUUAGCAGAGGUGGAUGGAACAGUGGACCCACGUUCAGUGAACCACUCCCAACUGCACCAAUCCCGUUUGGGCCUCAUCAGUCAAGCGUUGAUGCUGAUCCUCAUCGUUGGCUUCCUCGCCUCUGAGACAUUGAGCGAAUUCUGGAAAGCCAAGGUUCCAGUGGUGUCUCGCAAUUGGCACGACCUGGUCUUCCGUUUGGCUGAAAUUGGUGUCACGCUAUGGUUCCCCUGUGUUCUAUGGAACUGCAUGGCACCCGAACAAUUGUGGAUAUUGAACCCGAGACGUUUGCUCGCCAAGCAAUUGGACGAGGCCAGGCUAGCCGAUUUACUAGGACCCGGGAGUAACCAGGAUAAUAAGUUGGAGCUAUAUAGGAUGACGUGGCACCAAAAAUGGCGUCUAUUUCUGGCUGUGACGCGUAACUGGUUUACUAUUUGCCGGGUACUAUACGUCUCUUUCCUCUAUCGAUUCCCUCCAGCGGCCAUAGCAGGUCUUACUAAUCCUUUGAAUGUGGAAACAGACUCCCUCGUUGGUAGUAUCGGUUCGGUCCGGGAUUGCUGGAUUUGUUAUGACAGCUCACGAUCGGAUCCCCUGAUCAGACCUUGCCGCUGCACGGGCGAUGUGGCUGCCGUCCAUCAUGAGUGUUUAAAGAGAUGGCUUAUUGAGAGCUACGGUACUCCAGACAGCAUGAAAUGCAAAGUUUGCAACACGCCAUACCACGUUGAAGAAACCAAUCGGCUACUAUGGGAACGCGGCUUCACGGGCGUCCACUUCCUCCGCAUCACGCUGGCCUUCAUCUGCAUGUCGCUGUCGGGUCUGUUCGCGUGGGGCGUCGUUCAGCUGUACCCGUCGCCCGUCGCACGCAUUCUUGGUACUGGGGGUGCGUUGCUCGUCUGUUAUGUCGCCGCCAAGUACCUAGGUUUCCAUACUCUAACAGCAUAUCGUCGCGCAAGAGUAGCCUCAAUAAGAAUAAUCACCGAACCAUUAGAUGACGCCGAGCCGCAACUGUGCACCAUCAGCAAGACAGUUACCGUCGAAAUUGCCUCAAAGAAUGUUCUCGAACAAGCACUUAAGGGUGAGAAAUAAAGUGUUAAUACGGCAUUCUGUUAAACCAAAUCAGAUGAUGAAAAUUUGAGAACUGAUUUUAAAGUACUGGAGUAUUAUUAAAUUUUAAUGCCAAAACAUUUUAAGUGGUUUUCAUAAUAGUCCACACUUUUAAUUCAAAUGCAUAACAGAAUUGUCGUGUGACCGAAAAACAAAUUAAAGGCUUAAAUUAUUAUAGCUAUAAAUUUAACGUUGUCGGUUAACGCUAAAACUUAUUACAUUACAAUGUACUAAUGGUAAUAACGUCAAAACAUUGCAGCGUUAUAUCGCCUAUUGGUAAUAGGGAUAUAGUUGUAAUAUCGUUGCAACUUUUAUUGCGGCAAAAUGGUAAUAACGGUAAUGUUAAUGUUAGUAAUAUUGUUGCAACUUAUAUUGCGUCAAAACGGUAAUAACGGUAAUAUUAGUGUUAGUAAUGUCGUUGCAGCGUUAUAUCACGUCAAAACGGUAAUAACAGUUAUGUAAUGUUAGUAAUAUCCUUGCAAUAUUGCGUCAAAAUGGCAAUACAGAAACGUUUUUGUUAGUAAUAUCGUUGCAACAGUAUCAAUGUGUAAUCUAAAACGGUAAUGGUUAAACUACAAUUGUUGUGACAAUUGGUAAUGUACAAAAGUGAUUGUGAUAGUUCUUUCAAGCUGAUUUAAGACUGUCGAAAUUUGCCAAAUUAAUCGGUAAAUAAAAAUAUAAAAUUUUUUUAGGUAAAAUAGAAAUUGGUUUUUUUUCGUUGAGUUCCAAUUAGUUUUUGACGCAGUUUUCUAAUAAUCUGUUAAAAUUAAACCCAUUUACAAAUGUAUAUGAGAAAAAAUCCUUUUUAAGCUAAGUUAACAGAAAAAUGUUUGCUGUUUUAACCAUAUCAUUGUAUAUAAGAAAUACCGCCAUACUUUAUCGAGUAUUAUUUAAAGUAAACUUGUUAGAUGGCACUAUUGUGAUCUUACAUAGAGGGCCAAUAUUCAUUAAGGCGCAUUCUUUCAGACUGUUUUAGUUCUCAAGAAAAGAGCGUACCAAUACUUAAAAGGCCGGCGACGCACUCGUGAGCCUUGUGCCCUUUUGCCCAAUAUUAUUUACGGAGCCUCUAUCCAGGCUUAUUUGUCCUUCCUGCUAGAAAAAGCCCAACAGCGAACUUCGUUUUUCUUCUGAUUAUCAUAACAUAGGCAGUUUAAAUUAGGCACUGUAUACCAAAGUAUUGUCUUUUAUUAACAUAACUUUUACACAUUUAAAGAAAACACUUUUUUAAACGGAUUAAAGUUAUGUAAUCUUCAAAAUGAGACUGCGUUAAGUAUGACUUCGGUAUGUCAUCGCUUUUUCAUCUCUGAAAUUGAAUAAGACAUUUUACAUUUGUUCGAAUCCGCUCUCCUUAAAGAGGAAAUCUCGUAUAGUACAAAUUAAAUGUUCUGGAAGUUUCGCCUUGAAAAAUUGGUUACCUCUAUUGAUAUGUGUAAGUUAAUCGCUUUAGAUACAUAGUCUAUGCAUCGUUUCUCAAUUAGGGGUUGUUUUAAAAGGGGGUCGCAGUCUGCUAAAAAAAUAAUAAAUACAAUAUUGAUAGGUACAAAAAACUUUUAAAACUAGCGCGCUAUGUACAUAUAUUAUUUACUUUACAUAGAUGGGUUCGCAGGACUGUUUUACUUAAGCCGGCUGUUUCGUUGGUCGCGACAUAAAAAGCGUUGAGAAACGAUGGUCUAUUGGUAUGAAGUUAGCAACAUUAAUGUAUAAUUUUUCAAAUAUUUCUCACAUAAUAUCUUUGAAGUCAAUUUUUUCAAGUGAUUUUGAGGUUAAAUUUAAAUUAUUGAUGAGCCUCGUCCUUUAGAAAGGGAUAGCUGGAUAUAGUUCGUAUUUUGGCAAUAAUUAAAUAUUUAAUAUUUCAAUUGCGUCCUGAUUUAUAUAUUGUAUAGUUUAAUUAGAAAUGUUUUAAAUAUUAGUUACUUUCUCAUAUCAAUUUGUUCUUUAUGUAAUUCGUCAUAGCACGAACGAGUGACAGAGAUAGCAUUUCGAGUGAUCCAUCCCUUUCUAAUAGUCGAAGUGCAUUAUAGAAUAUUGUACGAUUGUCAAUUAUACUAAGCGAUUAACAAGUUAAUAUUACAUCACUUAGAUUGAUAUCACAAAAUUAGUGCCAAAGAAUUAACGUAAUGAAAUACGUAAAAGGUAAAAAUACGAUUUGAAAUUGUUAAUUUAUUUUUAGAUUGUAUAAUAUUUGAUAAACCUUUUAUUCAUAAAACCACACUCCAUUUAAGCUAUAAUGGAAGAUUGUAAAGAACUGUAAAAAAAUGAUAUCUGAUUAGUAACUUACUUUAAAUGAAAGAAAUUCAUAAAAAAUAAACCAGUUUAAUUGCGCUGUUUAAUCUAAAUUAUUUAUCUAUCUCUUUUCAUAACAGACUUAAUAAUGUAUAUCAAACAGAGACGAAAGAGUACAAUGCAACUACACUGAUUUAGUUCUUAUGAAAUGAAAAGGUUUUACUCUAAACAUAACCUUAAUCCUAUUACACUGUUAUACUACUCAUUUGUCUGUUUCUGUUAAACAGUGAGAACACUAUAAAAAGAGACAGACGUCUAGUAAAAACAAUAAGACAAAUUUUAUGAAUAAAAGGUAAAAAAGUUGAUUUGAAUUUAAAUGAAACAAAUUUUUGCUUUGAAAUUUCGAUUUUCUCUUUGAUUAUUUUUAAAUACAUAGUGUUUUAUUGGUUGUUUUGGUUAUAAAGUACCAUUGGGUACAUAAAUGCAAAUAUAAAAAGACAGAUUAUAUCUAUAAUGUCUCUCUCGAACUUAUUUUUAUAAGUUACGAUAGGGACACUACUAGGCAAUCUUUUCCGUACCUUAGACGGACCAAUUUAAUACAUCACAUUUGACAGCUGACAGUUUAAAUGACAGAUGACUAAAUGACUGCUAAAAUGACAGAUGUCGGAAAGAAGCCAUUGUGAUGUUAUAACUCCGAAAAUAUAAAUAAUAAAUUACUCCCGCCUUACAGGGUGUCAUUGAAAUGUGUGUCAAAUGUAAUGCAUAAAAUUAAUGUUUAAUAACUUUAUUAUUUCUCUAAAUUAAAUUAUUUCUUUACGUAAUUUCAAUAAGAAUUUUAUAGAGAAUGGUCCUUGCAUUCUAGUACUGAACAGGCUGCCUAGUAGAAUAUAUGAUUAUAAAUAUAUGUAUACAUAUAAAGAAGCUGGAAAUAAAACAGAAUGAAUACAAAAAGGGCCUUAAUUCUUUCCAAAAGGGGCAUAUGGAGAAGAAUGGGCUAGAAACUCCAUACUUACUCUUUUAAAAUUUUGUAUACAUUUGAUUAUUAUAUGUGAAAACCAUGUACCAAAAACAAAAAACGCUAUACUUAAAAUAAAAUAGGCGUAUGGUAUUAUAAAAAACGAUAUAAUAACUAAAUUAUUAUAUAGAUACAUGAUCCUCACAUAUUAACAAAUAUUACACCUGUAGAUUUUACACGAAAACAACAUACAUACUGUUUUAUUUGGCAGCAGAUAUAUAUAUGUAACGUAUGUAAUCCAUAUUCUAAGUUAUUUUUCUACUCUUAAAAUUAGUGCUAGUGCUGUUAAGUAGUUUUGACGCUAAUAGAAAUUGGCUGACUUAUUUCCCAAUGAAGGUUUUGCUUUAACACAAAUUGCCUGUCCAUGAGUAUCAAGUAUUGAGUUAUUUUUAUGUGUACGACGAGCGUAUUUUUAUAAUUUAGAUUUAGAUUAAAAAAGAUUUAAAUUAAAAAAAAGAAAGUCUUUAUUAAAUUAGUAUUCCAAAUAUUUUGUUACUUCGUUCACUUAAGACGACCACUUUCCACAAAUUUGUGCCUCACGCCAAACGGAUUUGUAUAAAAAUAAAAUACGUUUAUUUUGAAACAUAAGAUCAUCAAGGUAUCACUUAUUC